AUAAUGAGUCUUUAAGGUUACAAAGAAUAAAGACUCCGGUAUUCUGUUCAGGCAGAAGUAGUAAUGGCAACUCGCAGUCUUUUACUCUCAACCCUCCGUCGUUCUCGUCCUAUCUCCACGCUCUCUCGUCCCCUCACGAACUCUAGCCCUGGCCCUAACCCCAAUUCUCUCACUUCACAACCUUCAAAUGCGAUAUCGUCUCGCAACUCACUUGCUUCUUUUAAUUUCCCUUCCUGUCGAUCCUUGUCGACUCGCACCGCGUCCGAAUCUAUCAAUUUCGAAGAAUUUGCUGAUCCUGUCUCCACCGAGACCGAGGAUGGAGUUGUUAACGGUAUUCUUCCGGUAGACUCAAUGAUUUGGUUGCUUGAUUCAUAUCAUGAUCUCACUGGUCUCCCAUGGUGGAUAAUCAUUGCUUCAUCAACACUGGCAAUGAGAUUAACGCUCUUUCCUUUACAUGUUCUGCAAAUGCACAAGAUUAAGAAAAUCUCUCGGUCUUUUUCUAAAUUGCCUCCUCUAUUCCCACCACCUCUAUCAGGAAGAAGCUAUAUCGAGCAGAUAUCUCUUUUUAGAAACGAAAGAAGAGCAAUUGGCUGCCCUUCUUAUUUAUGGUUUCUUGCUUUCCUCUCUGUACAGAUACCGUGCUUUCUCUUGUGGAUGACCAGUAUUCGACGAAUGUGUCUGGAUAAUCAUCCUGGGUUUGAUUGUGGUGGCGCUCUAUGGUUUCAGAACUUGACUGAACUUCCUCAUGGUGUUUUAGGCCCGAUCUUUCCAUUUCUUAUUGCUGGUUUGCACGGUGUUAAUGUUCACUUCUCUUUUGACAGAUCUUCUGUUCGGAACACAAGUGGCCUAUUGGGCUUAUUAUCAGAAUACUACAGGAAAUAUCUGAAUUUUAUGAUGCUGCCUUUGUUUUUCAUUGGUUACUGCAUUCCACAGGGAAGUCUAGUUUACUGGGUUACCAACAGUUCAUUAACUGCAAUACAGCAAGUAUCUCUCAAACUUCCUGUUGUUCGUGCAAAAUUAGGGUUACUGGACAAGGAUUUUCCAAAAGCACCUGCACUUUCUGCAGAAAUGGUUGCACAUGAACUGCGCAAAGUUUCUCCAGAAAAUUUGUCACCUCAUGAACUACUAGUACUGUCUGUUAAACUCUUAUCCAGUGGGCAUAGAGCCAGAGCUAUUCCUUUGUUGCAAAUGGCACUUGAGAAGGACUCUGGCCAUGUAAAGGCUUUAAUUGUUAUGGGGCAGGCUCGACUGCAAGAAGGACUCCAUGCAGAGGCAACUGAUCAUUUAGAGCGUGCUAUUUCCAAUCUCAUUCUUACUGGCCAUCCAACAGCGGAGGAUGUGGAUCAUCUUAUUCUUGCAUCACAAUGGGCAGGUGUUGCCUGUAUUCGUCAGGGGAAGAAUGCAGAAGGAAUUAUGCACCUAGAAAGAAUCACAAGUCUGGAAGAACCAGAGGACCCAAAGAGCAAAGCACACUAUUUUGAUGGUUUAUUAUUACUUGCGAGUGCUUUAAGUAAGGAAGAUCGCAAUGCUGAGGCUGUCAAGUAUCUGCGCUUAGUUGUUGCUUAUGAUCCUUCCCGCAAGGAAUUCUUGGACCAAUGCUUAUGAUCGUUCUCGCUAGGAAUUCUUGGAAGAAUGUGAAAAUAGGACAAUUUUGUCAGCUAUCUUGUUAGCAGCAGGAGGAGAUCACAGACCUAAUUCAAUUACACGUGAUAACUAUUUGUAUAAUUAUUAUUUGUUAAUUACGUCAAUAAAUUAUAACUUGGAAUAAA